AUGAGACCAACAAAUUAUUAUGAAGUACUCGGUGUUGAUACGAAUUCUCCUGAAAGUGAAAUUAAAAGAGCAUAUCGAAAACUUGCGAUGAAAUUUCAUCCAGAUAAAAACCCAGAUGAAGCCGCCUCAGAAAAAUUCAAGGAAAUCAGUCACGCGUAUGAUAUCUUGAGUGAUCCAGAGAAACGUGAAUUAUAUGAUCGUUAUGGUGAAGAAGGUCUCUCAGGAGGUGGCGGUAAUUCCAUGACGCCUGAAGAUAUAUUUGCAAGCUUAUUUGGUUUCAGUACCAAUAUGGGAGGCAGUGGAUUUACCAGACAAAGACGAGGUGAAGAUAUUGUAAAGCCUUUUAAUGUCACUUUAGAAGAUCUCUACAAUAGCAAAACAGCCAAAAUAUCUUUACAAAGAGAUGUGGUCUGCUCAGUUUGCCAUGGCAAGGGCAGCAAAACUGGUGCGACCAGAAAAUGUCAUAGCUGUGAUGGUCGUGGUGUUAAAGUUGCAAUGCGACAAAUCGGUCCCGGCAUGAUUCAGAGGAUAAACACGGUUUGCGCAAUGUGUGAUGGUGCGGGAGAAGUAAUUAGAGAAAAAGACAAAUGUAAAAAAUGUAGAGGAAAAAAAGUUGUUGAGGAAAAGAAAAAACUAGACAUCUUUAUUGAAAAAGGCAUGCAAAACAACCAGAAAAUUGUUAUGCAAGGUGAAGCAGAUCAGGAGGUAUUAUUUAGAUCCGAUGUAAUUCUUGUUCUUAAACAAAAACCUCAUGAUAGAUUUGAGCGUCAAGGUAAUGACUUAAAAACUGAAGUAAAUAUUUCCAUUACCGAGGCUUUAUGUGGGUUUUCAAAGGUUCUUGUCACACAUCUUGAUGGACGUGGUUUAAUUAUAAACCAACCUCCGGGUGAGGUAAUAAAGCCUGGAUCUAUAAAAUGCAUACCAAAUGAAGGUAUGCCACAAUAUAAAAGGCCAGACUUUAAAGGUAACUUAUAUGUCAAAUUUACUGUUGAAUUCCCAUCACCUUUAUGGAUCACUCCCGAGAAAUUGAAGGAAUUGGAAGCUUUCUUGCCACCUCGCAAAGAAGAAGAUUCUUCAACUAAACCCGAAAUUUCAGAUGAGGUUCAAAUGAUUGAUGGUAAUUUUAGUGAG